GCCGCAAGCCGGCAUCCCAUGCAUGCUGAAAGUAAACAAAAUAAAAAUGGAGGCAACAAAUAUGCACAAGUUAUUAUUACUAUUAAAAAAACGACUUGUUGAUAAGAAAUUAACGACUAUCCUAUCGGAGGGGAUAGACUGUUCUAGAACCGGCGAAGCCUACCCCAACAGCUGCUCAGUUAAAAGGACAAGAGGCCCCCUUACCUUCCAGUAUGCAUUGUUGAUCUUCGAGCUAUCAUAGGAUUUCUUUAAUAAUACAAGUACUUAAUAAUACAAUAGCGAGGAUUAAAAAUAAUGUUUAAAAGUAAAUGACAUUGUUCUUUGAACACUAAUAAAAACCUCAUGUGCGGUUUCCUUAAGGUUAACAGUUUAGCCACACGACGCAAACCGGCAUAAAUAAAAAAAUAAAAUAAACGGUAAAAUCUAAUUUUGAUUCAUUAAUAUUACUUUUCGAAUUAUUUAUAAUAAAAAAAAACAAGAAUGAA